AUUAUCAGUAUAUGUUUAAAGUACCUGUGCCACGAUCCUAAUUAUAACUAUGAUGAUGAUGAUGAUGGUGAUGAAGAAAUGAUGGAUACAGAGAAUGAUGAAGAUGAUGAAGAUGGAUCAGAAGAAGAAUACAGUGAUGAUGACGAUAUAAGCUGGAAAGUUCGACGAGCCGCUGCCAAAUGUCUCGAUGCUAUCAUGGCCACUCGUCAUGAAAUGUUGGCUGAGUUUUACAGAAGCGUUUCACCCCACCUUAUCAACAGAUUUAAAGGUGGAGCCCUCAACGCUCUACUGGAAUUCUUCCAGGCAGUCGUUCAACUAGGUUUACCUAAACUAGGCUUUAAAGACAUUCUGCAGAUGCUGAUAUUACCAAUCUAUAACCCGGCAUCCAAACCUCCCCAUGCGGGUUCAUCUUUUACCAUACAUAAACAGGCUUUCCAUUCUAUAGCCAAAUCAGUGGCUGCUCUGACCAGAAUCAACCCAGAGAAAGCUCCCAAUGUUGUCAAUCAAUUUGUUAGUGAUAUCAAGAAUUCAAAAUCUACAGAUUCUAUUGUGUUAUUUUCCUUGUUGGCUCUCGGUGAAAUUGGCAAACACAU